CUCAAAAGGCCAAAGCCCGCGCCCGGGCGGAGCCGCCGAGCCGGCGCCACCGCACGGGACACGGCGAUGCGCUGCUCGCCUCAGCUAUCCCACCGCGACUUCGUCGCCGUGCUCUCCCGCUGCUCCACCCGCGCGCACCUCGAGCAGCUCCACGCUCACGCCCUCGUCGCGGGGCGCGCCGCCGCGCAGCCCACCACCUUCCACCUCAUCCGCUUCGCCGCCCUCCGCCUUUCCUGCCUCGCCUAUGCCCGCCACCUCUUCGACGCCACGCCCCACCCCAACGUCUUCCUCUACUCCGCUAUUCUCUCUGCAUAUGCCUCCGCCGCAGCCGCUGCCUCACCUUCAUCCUACGCCCACGCCCGCGACGCGCUCGCGCUCUUCCUUCGCAUGCUUCGUCACGGUCGCCCAUCGCCCAACCAGUUCGUGUACCCGCUCGUGCUCCGCGCUGCCUGCGCCGUCGACGUCCGCAUUGUCAGGUCGAUCCACUCCCACGCCUGCAAGAGUGGUUUCUGUGGAUAUGAAUACGAUGUCAUAAGGACCUCACUCCUCGAUUGUUAUUCGAGGCACGCUAUGAUGGCCGACGCGCGCAAGCUGUUUGACGGUUUGACAGAGAGGAGCGUGGUCUCCUGGACUGCGCUGGUGUCCGGGUAUGCAAGGGCAGGAAAGAUUGGGGAUGCGAUCAUGCUCUUCGAGCGUAUGACCGAAAGGGACGUGGCUGCAUGGAAUGCAAUCAUCACUGGCUGCUCUCAGAACAGGCUGUUUGCAGAGGCGGUUGGGAUUUUUGGGAGGAUGGUGGGCACAGGGUUGAGGCCAAAUGCAACCACCAUUUCUUGUGUACUAUCUGCUUGUGGGCAUCUUGGAAUGCUGAAGAUCGGGAAGUUGAUCCACUGCUGCGCGUGGAGGACCUGUGUUGGUUUUGGCUCAUCCGUUCUGAAUGGGUUGAUUGAUAUGUACGGUAAAUGUGGGAAUCUGGAGGGGGCAACGUGGAUAUUUUAUGAGGUUUCAGAUAGAAGCCUAACAGCUUGGAAUUCUCUGAUCAAUUGUCUGGCACUGCAUGGGCACAGCAAGUGUGCAAUAUCAGUGUUUAAUGAGAUGAGGGGUGAAGGGGUUGAACCUGAUGUGAUUACUUUCGUUGGACUGCUUAAUGCAUGCACCCAUGGAGGGUUUGUUGAUGAAGGCAUUAAGUACUUUGAAUUGAUGCAGCAUGAGCACGGAAUUGAACCAGAGAUUGAACAUUAUGGGUGUAUCAUUAACCUUCUUGGUCGGGCAGGCCGGUUUCAGGAUGCAUUGAAUGUUAUCAGCAAUAUGAGAAUUGAAUCAGAUGAAGUCAUAUGGGGGUCAUUGCUCAAUGCAUGUAGAGUACACAGAAAUGUAGAACUUGCUGAGUUAGCAAUUCGAAAGUUACUAGAAUUGGAUCCAAAUAAUGCAAACUAUGUGGUGAUGCUAGCAAAUGUGUACAGUGAAGGUGGCUUGUGGGAAGAGGUGAGGAAAGCAAGAAAGUUCAUGGAGGAGGAGAAUAUAGGCAAGAAGCUGCCUGGUUGUAGCUGGAUCGAGGUGGACCGCAAGAUACACCGGUUUUACUCUGGUGAUGAUGCUCAUUCUGAGUCAGAGAAUAUAUAUGACACUCUUGAGGAUUUAGCUGCCUCAAUGGAAUUAUGAAAAAAAUAUACUGCCAGCUAACCAUGUUUCCAGAAACUUGCAUAGCUGCAUAACUUUCAUAAAUUGUCUUCAUUAUUGGAAGGUCAUGAACUUAACUUCUGUGUGGUAAACAAAGUGGGCUUCCCUAAGACAAACAUUUGACCUAGAUCGCACAUUUAUUGGAGGUACACAAGAAGUUCUUCCAUCAAAGCCUUCUAUCAAGCUAUACUUCAUGGCAAGAGGGAUGUUGCAUGCUGCGUCUUUGGAAGGAUCGUGUCUUAUUGUAUUUGAUGAUAUGAUCACGAGGCUUGAAACUGGCAUACUGUGCAACCUGCAGUUGAGCGCACAAGUUUACCCUCAUCUCUCCCAGAUACUUUCUAAACUUGAUAUUAUCUCACACUUGUACAAAGGUGUAAAAAAGGAAAGGUGAUAGGAGAAGCUGAAGGUGGACCGAACAAAACUGCCAUCUAUUGCCAUUUAGUUUCAGAUUCACAGAAGGCAGUUCCAUAUUUUUAGCCUACUCAGCUUGUGGAAUUCCAUUACAGAUGCUAGUAUCAAGUCAACCAUGCUGUACUCAACAAGAAACUUCGAAUUGGAAGGUGCGGGAGCUGUUUGGACGACCAAUAAGCCUCCUAAUUCAGUUGAAUGUACAAUGAUGCAAGUCAGGAUCAGUUAUAGCUGCUGGUAUUAUUACUAGCAUUGGAAGUGCCAAAGCGUUACCUUGGAUGAACGGUGGUGCCACUGUCCUAAGAUUAUUGUGUCCGUGCCGUACCAUUCAUAGCUGUUUCCUCCUCUUCUUUUUUUAGCUUAGCUGCCUAGCUGGGUUCUUCUUAUUGGAUCUAUCCCAGUCGUCUCCAACCUAUUCUUCCAACUCAACUUUUCCAGUUUUCCUCGUUUUAUUAACUUGUUUACCAAUUCCAUUGAUUUUUUUGAAA